CAGAUGACAGAUGUUCAUGUUCAUGUUUGUUGAACAAGGUAGCCUAAUAAAUUCGGUGUGUAAAUGAAUUUAACCUGAUUUGUAUUCACGUUUUUGGCUUUACAUUAUAAAUUAUAUUGUCAAUGACUUUUUAUCAUUCUGCUUCAUUGUUGUGUUGUAACUCUGGCUACUAUUUUAUUCCGUUUUGGUUACAUUCUAUUGAUUGUGUUUAAUACACACACUUCUUUUAGACUUAUGUAAGUUGGGAAAUGUGCUAUGAGAGAAUUUGAAAUGGAGACUGAAGUACCCGACUUUAGUUUUUGGAUCUUUCUUGCCAGUAUUGAUUGGCGUGAUCCCUGGCUGAUAGGAUUGAUCGGAUUUCAUAUUAUCAUAACAUUGAUGGCCAUCCUGACUAGGAAUCAUGGCAAUUUUCAAGUUGUUCUUUUCUUGACACUCUUGUUACUGGUGUACUUCUCUGAAAAUAUAAACGAACUUGCAGCCAAUAACUGGAGGAUAUUCUCAAAACAACAGUAUUUUGACAGUAAAGGACUGUUCAUAUCGAUAGUAUUCUCGGUACCAAUCCUGCUCAAUUGCAUGAUCAUGAUUGCCAGCUGGUUAUGGCAGUCCAGUCAGCUGAUGGCCCAGCUGAAGCGCGCUCAGCUGCAGAAGGCAAACAAAGUGCAGACCAAAACAGACUGAUCUCGCCGACAAUCUGUGACCGAUUAUUAAAUUACGUGUGACUGUUGUCGUCGUCAGUCGUUGACAGUGCUAAACCAUCACAACUAGAAGACGAGAUUCACCUCUAUCUGUCAGCAUUGUUUGAACGGGAAGCUAUAAUGUUUUUAAUGGGGCUUGCUGACAGUUUUACGUGAAUCUUUUCUGCACCUAGCGCAUAACGAGAUGGCCCCUGGUUUUCAUUGUUGGCAAUGGUUUUCUAAUGGAAUCCAGGGGCCAUCUCGUUAUGCGCUAGGUGCAGAACAGAUUCUAAACUGUCAGCAUUGUUUUGAAUGGGAAGCUAUGAUGUUUCUAAUGGGGCUUGCUGACAGUUUGGAGUGAAUCUGUUCUGCACCUAGCGCAUAACGAGAUGGCCCCUGGCUUCCAUUAGAAAACCAUUGCCAACAAUGAAAACCAGGGGCCUUCUUGUUAUGCGCUAGGUGUAGAGAAGAUUCACUUCAAACUGUAUCAUUCCUCAUGAAAUUACAUCAAUGCUAACUGUUCAAUGUAUAGUAAAAUAUGCUUAUCAAAGAGUUGGAAAUGUUGAUGUGAAGUAUCCUACGUAAGAAAUUGAAGAUCCGCCAUGAGAGGGAUUCACUUAUCACUUGGGGCCGGUUUCCGA